AUGCCCUCUGUUCCCCCUAUUCAUCCUCCUUUCCCCUCCCAAUCUCCAGAAACCAUUAAUAUUUUUACAGUCUAGAAUUUCAGCUUUUCCAGUAUCAUAGUUGAAGUCAGUAGUAAGUAUUUAACAGGGACUUUAAUGAUUAAAUGGUUGAUAGCAAUUGUGACCAUCCAUUUGAGCUCUGAUGCGGGCUGGCUCUGCAGCAGCAGCAGCAAUGAGGCUGACAUGCAAGAUAUAGAUGGACAAGACAGAGAGGGACAGAAUUUACAGUGUGUGGUGACUGGUUGACUGUGAGUGGUACAAAAGAAAGAGUAGCUAAACUUGGUGCACAGCAUUCUAGUCCAGGCUCCCUGGAGGAGAGAAUAAACAGGGAGAGAUUGGCAUGAAGCCCUGAGACCAUUUCUUCUUGUGCAGAUCAUAGAGGAAGAGUUGCAUGCACAAGCCAUUAUUCUGGAGUCACUUAACACAACCCUUUAUCAAACCCAAAUGGAACUCCAGAAAGAGAAAGCGACGGUAGGAAAUCUGGAGAAAAUGCUCCAGUCCAAGAUUGCUGAAACUGAAGAAAAGUAUAAGAACACCAUACAGAUCCUGACUGAAGAAAAUAUUCAAUUAAGGCAAAGGAUAAUUGCCAAGAAUGAAGAACUUUAUGAAGGAAGAUCUGAAAGGUCGACCUCUGUUACUACUUAUGUGUAUGAAUAUGAAUCUGACUUUAUAGAAGAUGACAGUGACAAAAGACAAGUAUCAUAAACAAAAAGUUGUUCUCCAUAGCUGAAGCGGGUAGGGACACUAUUCCUGUAGUUCCAGGGAACUCCUGAGAAGUUGUCUUGAGAAAUGCAUGUGAUAUGUUUUCUUAGGUUUCUCUGACUCUAUUUUUGUCUUUUCACAGUUUGCUUUUUU